UGAGUGCGUGCUGCGGCUGUCACUCAGCGCGCGCUGCGACAAGGACCAGCACUCCGUCCGGGACCACUUUUUGGCUGAGACCCUUUCACGUCACUUUGUGCUCACUGAGAGACUCUUCACGGACACUAUCAGGGACUCUUCGCGAUGCUACACGCACGGAUCCUGGCGUGGGGACUUUUGCUGGUGGCCGGUGCAGCUGCCAUCCAGGUGCAGAUCACCCCGACACAAGGCGAGAUCAGUGUGGGAGAGUCCAAAUUCUUCCUUUGUGAAGUGACAGGAGAUGCCAAAGACAUAGAUUGGUAUGCCCCCAGUGGUGAGAAGAUCCUCCCCAACAGACAAGAUAUAUUUGUGAGUCGCAACGAUGAAGCCACACUGUCUCUCACCAUCUACCACGCAAAUGUGGACAGUGCCGGCAUCUACAAGUGCGUGGCCAAGAGCGGUGACAAGGAGGCCCAAGCAACAGUCCAAGUGAAGAUCUUCCAAAAGAUCACGUUUGAGAAUGCACCCACCACACAAGAAUUCAAUGAGGGCGAUGAUGUUGACAUCGUCUGUAAUGUGGUGAGUUCACCACCCCCCACCAUCAUCUGGAGGCACAAGGGCUCCAAGAUCCAAGCUGCCAAAGAUGUACGAUUCAAGAUUCUAACGAACGGCCACCUGCAAAUCCGCGGCAUCAAAAAGACAGAUGAGGGGUCGUACACCUGUGAGGCUCGUGUCAUGGCCAGAGGAGAAAUUGACUUUAAAGUGAUCAAGGUCAUUGUAAACGUGCUUCCCACCAUCCGAGCCAGACAAGCCGAGGUUAAUGCCACGGCCGAUAUCGGCGGUUCUGCUUUGUUGGCCUGUGAUGCAGACGGCUUCCCUGAACCCAGCGUCACCUGGAUUCAUAACAAUGUUGUCCUUGAAAUGGAUGAUAAGUACAACCUGAACGAGGAUGGUUCUGAAUUGGUAAUAAAAGAUGUCAAGAAGGUGGAUGAAGGAGAUUACACGUGCAUCGCCAAGAAUAAGGCAGGAGAGAAGAAAGAGGAAGUCAGCCUGAACGUGUUCGUUCAGCCCACAAUUACCUUCCUGACUAACAAAAGUGCCUCAGAGCUUGACGAACAAGUCACCUUGAUGUGUGAGGCCUCUGGUGACCCAACGCCGACCAUCUCCUGGAGCUUUGGACACAGGGUGUUCACAGAAGGAGAACAGGCUUCUUGGACGCGGCCAGACACAUAUGAGAGCCUUGACAAAAAUAUUGUGGUACGCAGCCAUGCACGGGUGUCCUCACUCACCUUAAAACACGUCCAGAUCACACAAGCUGGCGAGUAUCUGUGCACAGCACGCAACUCCAUCGGUCAGGACAGCCAGCAUGUGUACCUGGAGGUCCGCUUUGCUCCAAAGCUCGGAGGUACUGUGUCGGUGUUCACGUGGGAGGGAAACCCGGCCAACAUCACCUGUGAGGUUCUGGCCCACCCCAGAGCCUCGGUGGUUUGGUUCAGAGAUGGUCUGCAGCUGCCCACUGCCAAUGCGUCCAACAUCAGGAUCUACAACUUGCUGGCAUUCAGCUACCUGGAGGUUACCCCAGACUCUGAGAAUGACUUUGGCAGCUACAACUGCACUGCAACCAAUGUGAUUGGCUCAGAAUUCAAAGAGUUCAUCCUCAUCCAAGCAGAGGUGCCAUCGUCACCUGAAAUGAUCCGAGUGGAGCCCUUCUCCAGCACGGCGGUGGUGGAGUUUAAGAAGCCAGACUCUAUUGGUGGCGUUCCCAUUAUUAAGUACAGAGUGGAAUGGCGUUUGCUGGACCAGCGCUGGACUGGAAGAGAGUUUGAUGCUGAGGAUGGUAUGACCAGUAUCACCGUUGCUGGGCUCAAACCUGAAACUGCCUAUGAGAUCAAAAUGUCUGCCAUCAAUGGCAAAGGUGAGGGUGAGAGCAGCCUGCCCACUAUCUUCAAGACCGAGCCAGUCCGCGAACCAGCACCUACCAACAUGUCAGGAUCCACAAGGGCAAUUACCCUAAAGGUCAACUGGAUCAAGCAGGAUGAUGGUGGUUCUCCCAUUAAGCAUUACCUGGUCAGAGUACAAGGCUAAGCAUUACCUGACUGGAAACCAGAGCUCUCGCCUUCCAACGACAGCAAUUAUGUGGUGCUUAGUGGUCUGGACUGGAAUACAGACGAGGUUCAAGUGGUGGCAGAGAAUCAGCAGGGCAAGUCCAAGCCUGGCAUCAUCGCCGCCAGAACAACUACAGAGCCCACGACUAUCCCAGGCGCCACAGAGGGAAUCUCAGGUCUGAGCACUGGUGCCAUCGUAGGAAUUCUGAUUGUCGUAUUUUUCCUUCUGCUGGUUGGUGUGGACGUUGCCUGCUACUUCCUUAACAAGUGUGGACUCCUCAUGUGCAUUGCUGUCAACUUGUGUGGGAAGGCCAGCUCAGGCGCGAAGAGCAAAGAUAUGGAGGAGGGCAAGGCUGCUUUCACGAAAGAUGAAUCUAAGGAGCCCAUUGUCGAGGUGAGAACAGAGGAAGAACACACCCCGACCCAAGAAGGAGGUAGUCCUCCUGAACCCAAUGAGACCACCCCGCUGACAGAACCUGAGCCUGCUGCUGCAGACAGCGCCCCCACAGUGAUGAUCAUGCCCCCCUCCACUGGUCCUCUGAGGUCAGUGCAGAGCAACGCUGCUCAUGACACUUGCACCUCAAGCCCAACAAAACCAUCCUCCUCUAGGUCGCCUCCCAAAAAAAGCUUAGCUGCCCAGUCCAGUGCUUCCCCUCCAUCUGCUCCCCAACCUGAUGUUGGACCCCUGGUUGAUCUGAGUGACACCCCUAUAGCCCCCACCUCUUUCAGUACAGUGCCCCCCAUCUCCCAGCCAGUUAGUCCACCCUUUGCAAAAGCAGAGGGACCACAGAGCCCCUAUGGCCCAGUCACAGGCCCUGGCAUGAUCAGCGAUAAGGACCUGCAAGUAGACGGACUGACCAAGGAUCCUCCCAAUGUCCCGCCCACAGGCUCAACCACAGCAGCCCAAAACGACGGGAAGACGAUGAUGGAUGGUAACUGUAAAAGCGAGGCGGAGGUGAAGAACGCCACGGCCGAGGUGAAGACGGUGCCCAAUGAAGCGCCGCAGGUGAACGGCAAUGAAAGUAAAGCGUGAGCCCCUCAGCCAGUAGAAGAAGAGGACGGCUGGGGUUCUGACGGCAAGGGGAGGGGUCACAGUCACUGAAACCUCAAAGCAAUCACAGCCACCGCCCAUCUCAAACCGCAACAUGAAACAGAAAAGCUUAAAAAGAUUUGUGAGUCCUUUUCUUCAGUGUCUUCUGACCAGGAAAAUGUAAAACCGUCAAACACAUGCCUUAGUUCUUCUCCGUUAGUUUGACCCACGUCUGACCUGGUCCACGGCUAAGUGUGUAACACAACUUCACUCUUUUCCUGUAGAUAACGCGUUUGGACUCUAGCUUUAUUCCGCAGAAUACUGCCUUGAUCCUGUACACACACAUACAUCACUACUCUUCUUAAUGCAGUACGGUCAGCAUCGUGGGAAUGGAUCAUGGGUCUUAAUUACUUUGUUGAUAUUUUGUUGUGUUUAAAUAAUGUUGCUGCCUAUUUAGCUUUUUUAUGUAUUUCCAGGCCACUGAGUAGGACAUUAGCAUGCCUGUUUUUGAAAAGUGUUUCUUUACGUGUUGCUGUCAUUUUGCCCCUUUGUACUGUAGGUGUUCUUAUCCCAUUAUGUAGUUCUAGUCCAGACAUGGUGCACUGGAAGCAGAGCAGGGUUUUGGGGGCAUGAAAAUGGCAACAGUAAAGUCUAUUUGUGCCAUUUCCAGGUCCAACUUUGAAACACUGCCUGGGGUCAGUACUCCAAUAAUGCAAACAAAAAACUGUUGUGUGCAGUAUGCAAAGGUGGACAAACUCGGAAAAAUUUGUGCUCCUGAAAUUGGCCAGUUUGGGGAAGGGCGCUGCAGGCUUUUGCAUUUGGACCAAGGCAUGUAACUGAUGUCUCUGGUGCCUAGCAACCUUCCAAAUGACUAGGAUUAUGAUAAGGGUUAGAGUUUGUUUUUUUUUUAAAUGCAUUGAAAAAAAUGUGGAAAUUUUGGACAGUAUUUCCGUAUCUGGGCAACUGCUUUGCGUUCUUCUGGAAGUCGUGCGCUGCAGCAGAAUUUGAGCAUGGUCCAGGUGUACCUCCAGAGUUUUCCACCUUCACAUACGGCAUCAAACAAAUAUUGUUUCAGCUGACUCCCGUUUAGAGGAAAUCUCUUCAUGACAAUAACCUGCUACACCAUCAACUGUGUUUUCAGCCCCAUUUGUUUGUCUCUUUGUUUAUAUCUCAAAAACACAUGAACUGAUUUCAGUGAAAUUUGGUGAGGUAGAGUUUAGAUUGAGAUUAGACUUUCAGGUAGAUAAAGCUUUUGAAAAACGUCGCCACCAAGUGCACAGGAGGUAUGUGCUCUCUGGGUGCUGGCUACUUUAUGAUGCUGCAGGACCGGAUCACAUUUAAAAGGUGUUUCUCAUGUUUUUAAAA